UAUUUUAAUUCCUCAAAAAAAUGAAUUGGAAGAAGAAGAAGAAGAAGAAGAAGACAGAGAAGACGAGGUGAAGGAGUAAUGUCCAAAUGUAGUUGUCGCCACCUCCACGUCAUACUUCCACAAGGCUUAUUUCCAACGACUGAAAAAUCAAUCCCACAUAGUACGUUAGCCUUAUUAAAAAUGGCACUCUGAAACAUUAAUUAGAUUCAAUUUUCCAGUUGGCGACUUGUCAAACCUCCGCGUUUCCUAGCAACCGUUGACAAAAACUCAGAGUCUCUCCCUCUCUGCUCCUCCUUCAAUCUUCAGAUUGAUGCAUGCCUGUUUUCCUUUCAUCCUGGAUUUGUGAUUGGUCCCAUUGGAUUUUCUUCGUGAAAGUAUGGAGAUUUUAUUGUUGCAAUUGUUUUCUGGAGCUGUGAAAUGAAAUGGGUGUAAGUGGGAGUGUUUGCCUUCUAAUUUAAAUGCUGUUGAAGGUAGGAGAAUUGGGGUUUGGUUGAAUUGUAACUUCUGAGGAGUUGGAAUUCAUUUUCUAACUUAGGACUUCAAGAUGACUGGGAGAAAAAAUAUGGGGCGAGUAUCACCAUUCUUUUUGGUGCUUUUGUCACUUGGAUUUUUCUUUGCUACAUAUAACUUGUUGACAUUGGUAAUACAAUAUAAGAACUCCAGUUCAGGAAAUGGAUUGGAGUUAUCUGACUCCAUUGCUAAUAUGCCUCAUGAAGUAAAGAGAUUAGGGAAAUCAAAUUUGAGAUACCACGUUGGUCUUACAGCGACAGAUACUCCUUAUAGCCAAUGGCAAUGCCGGAUUAUGUACUAUUGGUAUAAGAAGAUGAAAGACAUGCCUGGAUCAGACAUGGGGAAGUUCACUCGAAUUCUGCAUUCAGGAAAAGCUGACAAUUUGAUGGAUGAGAUUCCAACAUUCGUUGUAGAUCCUCUUCCAGAGGGCCUGGAUCGAGGUUAUAUCGUCUUAAAUAGGCCAUGGGCUUUUGUGCAAUGGCUGGAAAAGGCAACUAUUGAUGAAGAAUACAUUUUAAUGGCAGAGCCUGACCACAUAUUUGUAAAUCCUUUGCCUAACUUGGCACAUGGAGAACAUCCAGUGGGGUAUCCAUUUUUCUACAUUAAACCAACUGAACAUGAAAAAAUUAUUAGAAAGUUUUAUCCGGAGGAAAGGGGUCCUGUGACAAAUGUUGAUCCAAUUGGCAAUUCUCCUGUAAUAAUAAAAAAGUCCAUACUGGAGGAAAUUUCACCGACAUGGGUAAAUAUUUCAUUAAGAAUGAAAGAUGACCAUGAGACUGAUAAGGCAUUUGGUUGGGUGUUAGAAAUGUAUGCCUAUGCUGUAGCAUCAGCAUUGCAUGGUGUUCAUCAUAUACUUCGGAAGGACUUUAUGAUACAGCCACCAUGGGAUUUGGAAGUUGGGAAGAGGUUUAUUAUUCAUUAUACUUAUGGAUGUGACUAUAAUUUAAAGGGGGAACUAACAUAUGGAAAAAUUGGAGAAUGGCGAUUUGAUAAGAGAUCUUAUUUAAGCGGUCCUCCUCCAAAGAACCUCUCCUUACCCCCACCAGGAGUUCCUGAAAGUGUUGUAAGACUUGUAAAGAUGGUAAAUGAAGCUACAGCUAAUAUUCCAGGUUGGGAGUCAAUAAACAGCAGUUGAAAUUGAAUUCAGUAUGAUUGCAUCCUCCGGAUGGAGAUUCAUUCAUACUAUUUACAGGGUAACAAAAGAGUGAUAUGGAUAGAAAAAUAGGAAAGUAUUUGCAACUAUAGCAGGGAUUUUGGAUUUUGACAUGGAAGGCUCUGAAUUCUUUUUGUACAAGUCUGCACAUUUGACAUUAGUGUUGAAUUUUGUAUCUUUGAAUGUUUCAGACCAUUAAGUUGAAAACUCCUUGUUGUCUGAGUUUGUAGUACUUGCAGCUUUUUGCAGGCCUUGUCACUAAUUGUAGCUCAUGGGGCAUUUUUACUAGUAAAUAAAUUUUAAGCCUUA